UCCUGUAUGGAUGUAAAUGAAGACAUGACACAGUCGUUAGGGCAAUCAAAUUCAAAACAGUACGUCAACACUAAUCUUUUCAAGUGCUUGAACGCUAUAAUACUAUUUUACAUUAGUCGGCUGAGCGAAAUCGGCGACUGCGAUGGAAGCCGUGCCGAGAAUGCCGAUGAUCUGGCUGGAUCUGAAAGAGGCUGGAGAGUUUCAGUUCAGCCCGACUGUCAGACAGUUCAUUCUGAAGAACUAUGGUGAAGAUCCUGACAACUAUAAUGAGCAGUUGAAGAAACUGGAGCAGUUGCGACAGAGUGCUGUGAACGUUACGCGUGACUUUGAGGGGUGCAGUACAUUACGAAAGUACUUCGGGCAGUUACACUAUCUGCAAAGUCGCGUGCCUCUUGGAUCGGGGCAGGAAGCUGCUGUCCCUAUAUCCUGGACAGAGAUAUUUUCUGGGAAGACCAUGACCCAUGAUGACAUUUGUUAUGAGCAAGCCUGCAUCCUUUAUAAUUUGGGAGCUCUACAUUCAAUGCUGGGAGCCAUGGACAACAGGGUGUCAGAAGAGGGAAUGAAAGUGUCCUGCACACACUUCCAAUGCUCAGCUGGAGCGUUCACUUACCUGAGGGAUCACUUCAGCCACAACUUCAGUGUGGACAUGAGCCACCAGAUCCUUAAUCUCAACAUUAACCUCAUGCUGGGUCAGGCUCAAGAGUGCUUGUUGGAAAAAUCUAUGUUGGACAACAGAAAGAGCUUCCUUGUUGCCCGCAUAAGUGCACAGGUGGUGGACUAUUACAAAGAGGCAUGCAGAGCACUGGAGAACUCUGAAACUGCCUCAAUGUUGGGAAAGAUACAGAAAGACUGGAAGAAAUUAGUGCAAAUGAAGAUUUACUACUUUGCUGCAAUUGCACAUUUGCACAUGGGGAAACAGGCUGAAGAGCAGCAAAAGUAUGGAGAGAGGGUUGCUUACCUACAAAGCUCACUAGACAAACUCACUGAGGCCAUUAAGUUGGCUAAGAGUCAGCCAGACAGUGUACAGGAAGCCCUUAGAUUCACCAUGGAUGUCAUUGGGGGAAAAUUUAAUUCUGCCAAGAAAGACAAUGACUUCAUUUACCAUGAAUCUGUGCCAUCUUUGGAUACACUGACCUCAGUGAAAGGUGCCCCGUUAGUCAAAGCCCUGCCUGUGAACCCAACAGACCCCAGUGUCACUGGCCCAGACAUUUUUGCAAAACUUGUGCCCAUGGCUGCCCAUGAGGCCUCCUCUCUGUACAGUGAAGAGAAGUCCAAGCUGCUACGGGAUGUCAUGGCAAAAAUAGACAGCAAGAAUGAGACAUUAGAACAGUUUAUGGACUCUCUCGGUCUGGACCCAGACUCAGUGGAUAAUAUGGAGAUGUAUAAUUCCAUUCCAUCGGUGCUUAUGGAAAAAUGUGCAGCGUUGAGCGUCAGACCUGAUACUGUGAAAAACCUCAUCCAGUCAAUGCAGGUCCUGUCAGGUGUGUUCACUGACGUAGAAGCCUCUCUACGGGAGAUUCGGGAUGUGUUGAAUGAGGAUGAGGCAGGGGAGCGAAGCUUGGAGGAGGCUGCUGGGAAGCAGACUGUACCAGAAUGGCCUGCAACCCUGGCCGAGCUGCGAAGGGACCUGGAGAAGUAUUUGGAAGCUCAUGAGAAAGCCAGCUUCACCAACACAGAACUUCAUCGGGCCAUGAAUCUGCACAUCAGCAAUCUUAGACUCCUUGGUGGACCACUGGACACCCUUAGAGAGGCAUUGCCAAGGCCUCAACUUAGUGAGGAUGAGAUGGCAGGUCUCCAGAGUAUGAAGAGGAUUCUGGCUAAAGUGCAAGAGAUGCGGGAUCAACGAAGCUCUCUGGAGAAGCAGCUCAGGGACCUCAUCCAACAGGAUGACAUCACUACUGCUCUGGUCACAACCGAACAUGCUGACAUGAAGAAACUAUUUGAGGAACAGCUUAAGAAAUAUGAGCAAGUGAAAGUAUACAUUGAUCAAAACCUGGCGGCUCAGGAGAAUAUUCUGAAGGCACUGACAGAGACUAAUGUCCAGUAUGCAACAGUGCGCAAGAGCCUGGCAGAAACUGAACACAAAUGGAACAACACUGUACAGAUGCUUGUGGCCUCCUACGAGGCAUAUGAAGACCUAAUGAAGAAAUCCCAAGAGGGAAAAGAGUUUUAUGAAGAUUUGGAAGCCAAAGCCUCAUGUUUACUGGGAAGAGCCAAAACUGUCUGCAAUGCCCGAAAGGAGGAGAGACAGGCCAUUACGGAAAAAGAGCUAAAAAAUAAGGCUCCCCAAAGACCCACUGCUCCCAAGCCACCCCAGAAGAAAGGCCAAGGUGUGGAUCCUGCCAACUUAGAUGACCCUGAACUUGCCCAGCUAACUGCUGCUAUCCUAGCACUUGGUGGGGAUCUACCUGAAGAACUCCUGAGCAUGCCUCCUGAAUUUACCAUUUCACCUUCUAUUCAUCCUUCUACACUUUCCACAGACACUGCUAGCUCUGUUCUGCACUGGCCUGGAGCUGGCUCGUCUUUACUCUACGCAUCACACCGGUUUCCCCCAAAUUUCCCCCCUCCUGAAUUUCUCGCACAAAUGUCCCAUUUCCCUUCACGUCCCCUGUCUCAGACUUUUAUUCACAAUCUUCCCCAACCUCCUUUGCCACAGCAGCACUUCCCACAGCUGCCCAAUCCACAGUUGCCCAACCCUCAGGCUCUUUCGCCACAACCUGUGCCUGGGUACUACCCUCCAACUUCACAGAACCAACCUGGCCCACCCACUACUCUUGUCCGACCUUCCACCACUACAGUGGAUAGUGUGCAGACACCUAUUCCUAGCUACAGUCCUGCAUCUGCCCAGGCAGUAAUGCCUCACACUACCCCACAUCAACCUGUGCCUUCCCCUGCCCCACACCAGCCUGUGCCUUCCCCUGCCCCACACCAACCGGUGCCACCGCCUGUGCCAUCAGUAUAUAAAGCAGCGCAUCAUAUGACACCCCAUGUCCAGUACAUGCAACAGCCUGGUGUUCCCAUCAGCCAUCCUCCACAGGCAAUGCCGAUUCCUCAGCAACAGCCUCAGCCUCAACAGCUAAUUGCUCAGCAAGGUGGUCAAAGCCAACCACAGCCAUUUUAUCCACCUGUACCAGCUCAACAGCAAAUGCCCAAACCUUUAACUGGGCCUCAACCUCCACAGCAAACUCAGCCUCAGUUCCCUCAGUACAUAGCACAAACAAGACAACCUGGACCACCAAACUUUCAGCAAUCUCCAAUUCAAGGACAGUUUGCAUCCAAUAUGCACUCUGCUUCAGCUGCUCAUGUGCAUCCCCAUCAGGGUUAUCCCCCUGUCUCUUUUGUGCCGAAUUCCCAAACAACACAAAUGAACAAUGUCACCCAGAGUCAAAUGUCCCAUCAUGGAUUGCCUCCACAAAUGCCACCAUCCUCUCAGCCAGUGCCCCCUGUGUCAAUGCCACAAUUAGCCCAUGUCAAUCAGCAAAUUCCCCCUGCUUCCCAAAUACUUCCUGUCAAUCAGCAAUUGCCACGUGCUCCUCACCUUCAAAUACCCCCACCUCCCCAUCAUUUUGCCCCUGCACCCCAUAUGCAGGUACCUCCUGCUUCAAAACAGAUUCCUCCUCCCCACCAGCCACAAAUGCUUCCACCAUCCACCCACAUGUCAUCCCCUUCCCAUCCACAAAUGCCUCCUGUCUCCCAAACACUCCCUCCCCAUCAGUCCAACCACCAGCCAGCAUACUCGCCAGUUCCUCCAAGGGCUGCUGUUCCAGUUCAACCUCAGAUACCCCAUACCCCACUCUCAACACGGGUACAUAUGCACCCAGGCACACUUUCUUCACAGCACCAAAACCACUCCCAUCCUCACAACAUUCCCCAGCCCUGUCCUCCAGCACUCCCCCAUAAUAUCUACAAACUUCAGCAGACCUUUCCUCCUGGCUCUGCAGCUAUGAGUUAUCAAGGAGGUGUCCCUAUGGUUCCCAACCAGUCUGUGGCCUCUCUACAACCUCAAUCCCAGCCGGCAACUUCACAACCUAUAGCCCCACAACAGAUACCCGCAGGAGGCUCUAUAUCUUAUGCUGUUCAACAAGGUGGGAAUAUGUUAACUGGACCAAUACAGCAUCCCUCAGCAGCUGUCCCCCCAGGGCCCCAGUCUCUCCCUCAAGGUGUGAUCCCUCCAUCCUCAGGAGCACCAGGGGCCCCACAGCCCCGAGUGCUUCCUUCUCCUGCCCCACCACCUUCUCUCUCUCCUGGCCCUCCUUCACUGGGUAUGGUCACCCAGAGACCAUCUCCUACUCUCACCCCAGUUGGAGGAACAGCUCAACCACAGUCCUCAGUAACAGCCCCAACCUCUAGUGGUCCCAUGCCUCCACCUGACUCCACCCUGUUUCAGCACCAGAAAUCUAGUACUGAUGACUUGCUCUCCUCAAGCCCAGAGAGCCAGCAUGGAAGCACCAAGGACACUGCCAAUGUCUUACUACCCACCAAAGCUGAUCCUCAGGGAGAGCAUCACAGAAAAAAAGCAGAGGGUGUGAGACUUAUCCAGGGUGACCCUUACCAAGCACCAGAGAGGGUCUCAAAGCUCAGCACAGAGCUGGAACGGUUUCGAUCAACAGUCCAAUCCUUAGAGCGUCCAUCAGGGGAGGGAGGUCUGUCAGAACUUGAUGCUCGAUGGAAAGAGCUGCAGGAGCAGCAGGAGAAGGAUGCUCGGCAACUCUCUAUCGCCAUUGCACGCUGCUACACCAUGAAGAACCGCCAUCAGGAUGUGAUGCCUUACGACUCCAAUCGUGUCGUUUUGCGCUCCGGUAAAGACGACUAUAUCAACGCCAGCUUCAUUGAAGACCUGUCUCCAUACUGCCCCCGCCUUAUUGCAACACAGGCCCCUCUCACUGGCACUGCAGCCGACUUUUGGCUCAUGGUUUAUGAGCAAAAGGUUUCUGUAAUUGUCAUGCUUGUAUCAGAGCAAGAGUUGGAAAAGCAAAAGGUGUUGCGGUACUUUCCAUCAGAGAGGGGGCAACAGAUUGUCCAGGGACCAAUCACUCUCACACUGACCACCCAGAAGAGUACUCCAACCCAUAUGGAGCGUAUGAUAGGACUACAGUAUCGGGACCAGAGUCUGAGACGCACCAUCAUUCACCUUCAGUUUACUUCAUGGCCUGAACUGGGUCUUCCAGAGAGUAAAAGCAACCUUAUACGUUUCAUUCAAGAAGUCCAUGGGCAUUACCUACUUCAGCGCCCACUACACACUCCAGUUGUAGUGCAUUGCAGCUCUGGUGUUGGUCGUACUGGUGCCUUUUGCCUGCUUUAUGCAGCGCUUCAAGAAAUUGAGGCUGGCAAUGGUAUACCUGACCUAAUCCAGCUGGUGAGGAAGAUGAGGCAGCAGAGGAAGAACAUGCUGCAAGAAAAGCUUCACCUCAAAUUCUGCCAUGAAGCCGUUCUAAAACAUACAGAGCAGGUUCUGCAGCGCCACGGCAUCCUAACGUCCCCUUGCACCAAGAUCCCAAACAACACUGCAGUGAAGUCAUAUUCCCGACAGGAAUCUACGGACAUUGUUCUGGGUGCAGACAUGCCUAUUAGCUCCAUACAGGCCACCAUAGCUAAACUAAGCAUUCGACCACCGAGUGUUGAUCACGAACAAGAGCCCACCCUAGAGCAGAUGCCCUCUGCUUCUGAAGUGCCAAGCAUAUGGGACCCUGAAUCUACAGAUAUGUCAGUUCAACCUUCUCAGGACCCUCUUUCUUUUAAGACGAUGCCUGAUUCCAUCAGUUCCCCCCUCUCUUGCACUUCCUCUCCAGGCAAAACACAGUCACCUUCACCUCCCAGUGAUCAAGGGAAUGAGUUCACUGGGUCAACACCUGCCUCCCCCAUCUUAAAUCACCACCCGUCCACUGAAGAACCACCUGCUGCCCCCUCUCCACCCACUUCUUCAUCUCUGGACCUGUUGGCUUCUCUCACACCUGAAGCCUUCACGCUGGACAGCAGCCAUCGAGGCAAGCAGCGGAUCAACAAGCAGAGCUUCCUUCUGCCGCAGGAGGGCAAAGGCCUUCAAGGGCCUCCAGAGGGCGACGAUCCGCUAAGUAGCUUGGAUCCUCUCUGGACACUAAACAAAAGCUGAAACAACACAACCGAGCUCUUUAAUCUUCUUUCCUGCAGGCAUUCUUCUGUAAACUCUUUCUAAAACCUUGUCCCAUCUAGUCCACAUUCAUGCUUCUUGGACUUCAUCACUUUGUGUCAGUCUGUCUACUUGUGUCCUGAUAAGUCUUUUCAGAUUCUUUCAGCACUUUGAUCUAGCAAUGAUCCUAGUGCUUCAGAUGACAUUCUGUAAAUUCAGCCUUGUCUCUCAGCAUGCUUUCCUAAUGCCAGGGUGUUUGUAAUUGCCUGUAAGGUGCCUGAGUUUUGGUUCUUCUUCAGUGGGCCUAUGCCUCUUUACACUAAAAAUGUUGAGAAUGAGUACAGAGUGAUAACUGACAUCCACAUUGCUUUUGCUCUAUCGUAAUCUGCUUGCACUGUGGGUUGCAUAUUAUUAGUUUCUGCACUUGUCUUGAAGCUACAGUAAUCUGCAUCUUGUAUGUAGGGACAAACUGAAGCUGGUGAUGAAAAUACGACUUGAUAUACUCAUUGUACUUAAAACACUUACAUUUCUGAAUCAUCACUUCAGAAAUCAUAGCAUUUUAAUGAGUUGAUUCUAACUUGACAUUCUUUGAACACUGUAAAUAAAUCUUAAAGUUUGGUA